AUGUCUUCCUCUCUCGCCCGUCCCAUGCUCCGCGCUCCCAUGCGCAUGGCCGCCCGCCGCUACGAGAGCACCGCCGGCAAUGCCGCUUCCAAGGCCCAACAGGGUCUAUCCAAGGUCACCAGCGCCGCCGGCCCUGCCAUUGCCGGCGCCGCCCGUGGCGUGGGCAAUGCGCUCGGCAAGAUUGGCGGCCGCACCGGUCGCCUGAUCAACUUCAUUCAGGCCAAGACUCCUCUCGUUACCUACUACGGCAAGGUCGGCCUUGAGCUUGCCAAGCUCGUCUUCCAGGGCCAGAAAAUGUCUCCUCCCUCCAUGGCCACCUUCCAGACCACCUACCAAAACCUGUGGACGAGGCUGCAGAGCCGCUCCAUCUCGCCGCAAAGCAUCAUUCAGCAGGUCCGCGGCCUCGGCGCCCCCCAGCUCGUCGCCGGUGGCGUCGUCCUCGCCGAGUGCCUCGGCUUCUUCACCGUCGGCGAGAUUAUCGGCCGCUUCAAGCUCGUUGGCUACCACGGAGAGGUUGCCCACCACUAA